UUUUGAAGGGAAAAAACAAAAGUGGGAAGGAUGUCAAGGCUGGAACGGGCCGGGUUAAUCAAAAAACAGUACUUGUGCAGUUUCCCUCCCAUAAAUCGAAUUUCGGGUCGAAAAAAUGUCCGUGUUGUGGGCAGUCCGACCUCAACCUUGUUGUACCAAGGGAAAAUAAUGUGUAGAGAAAAGGGUUUUCGAUUCUUAGAAAAUCCUUGGGUAUCCGGCUACAAGCGAAAACCCCGAAACAAAAAUAAUUUGCCCGAUACCCGAACUGACACCCCUGACUUGGGUCAGAUGUUAUACAUUGACAGAUGGGCUGGCACAAGAAAAAAAGUUCGGGUUGGCUUCAUAGUAGUUUCCAAAAAUUUAUUCGAAUUGAAAAAAAAAAGUCCCAUGAACCAGAAAAUCCUUUUUUAA